CAUGUCUUCCCACCUCAGGUACAGGACGCAGUGCGUUGUAGGAUGGGUGGGUGCAAAGACGACAGUGAAAACUCUCCGGACUCCUGCAAGAACGGCCAGGUGCAGAUCAUGACGGACUUUGAAAAAGACGUGGACUUGGCAUGUCAAACAGAAAGAGGACACCCAUUCAUCUUUAAGGAGGUAAACACCUGUAAUCCUGCUACCAUAACUGGCACGCUAUCCCGCAUUUCCCUGGAUGAUGAGGACGACCCCAAGUUGGCAGCACACCAGGAAGGUGUUAAUUUCAGCAGCCUGCCUGGGAACAUUCCACCCCCUAAUCUCCUGGUGCAGGUACCUCCUUUGGGUCCGCUGAAUGAGCUAAGCGAGCAGCCGCUAAAGAAGGAGGUUAAUGUGGAGCAACAAGGUCAGCAUCAACGAACUGGACCCAUCUACCUGUGCACUGAGAGCGGGCUGGGAUGGGCCCGACCAAACCCUUCUUCUACCCAGGAAUCAGCUGGUGGUGGAGGUGGGGAAGGGGACUACAUGGUGUUGCCACGUCGGACAGUCAGUCUCAAGCCCCCACCUCCAACGCAGGAUGAGGGGAAACCCUUAAACAUUACAGUAGACGAUCCUCCCUUUCCUCCACCCCCUUCACCCAUGACUCUGCAUCCAGCAGAGAGUGAGGCGUACCCUGCAGACUUUGCAGCUGUGGACCACAUCAGCAUGAACUUAAACCGCUCCUACGGCACGCUCAAACAGUUGCCGGCCCACACCGGGCACACGCAUUCCCAUACCAACACCCAUACCCUGCAGGUCAAGCAGAAUCGACCAUCUGUCCGGCAGAUCCUCACUUCUGGAACAGUGGAGCGCACCAGAACCCUUCCCCGCAACCUGGGCAGUACCAACACCAGCCUCUCGGCUGGAUCUUUGGAAAGGAAAAGAGUACGGUACUCUGAGCUGGACUUUGAGAAAGUGAUGCACACUCGCAAAAGACACUCAGAGCUCUACCAUGAACUCAACCACUCCACCAAGUUCCACACCAUAGACAGGUAUAACAGGGACCCUGCCAUGUCCUCCUUCAAGGUAAGACCCCUUUAACCUGCGACCCCACAUUUGAUACCCAUCCCUGACACAGUCAAAGCGUUCAGUUUAUUAAUAUCGCCGUGUGUUUUCUAAAAAUCCUACCUAAUUGCGUCACAAACUCGCUAAUGUAUUACAGCAGUUUUAAAACAACAAUAACCGGAGCUCUAAAUUGUUUACUUGUGUUUACUUGGUACUGUUGGAAACGUCUUGGUUUAAUGGCGUAUCAGUGUCUUUAAUUCUUUUUAACCUGAUUUAAGAUUACAGGUAUUAAAAUUCAGAAACGUUUUGAUAUUUAAUAUGAUUCAAAUGGAUAUGUUAUCAGAUCAAUGAAAAAGGAAAUUCUAUUAUCAUUUAUUCACUCUCGUGGACUUUAAUGUAUGAGUAAAUUUUGUAAAAAAAAAAAA